CGAACUGGGGGUUGAUUCUUUAGAAAACUGUUCUUGCCAUUCCCGCUUCCUUCGUCCGUUCGAGAGGCGAGGGUGGACGAUCAUGGCAGUUGGACCUCACAAUCCCAUAAAUCCCUUCUGAAUUUAGAAGGAAAGAGAGAAACCAAUCGCGCAAUUUCCUCCCUUUCUUUUAUCCUGCAUUUUAUAGGAUUCCUCCAAUUCCCACUCUCCAUUUCCCCCAGCAAAGAGCCCGAGCAGGAAGAAUCAGAGUCUCUCUCUCUCUCUCUCAUUCUCUCGGUUAGUUGCAUUUCGUGAGGCUUCCUAUCGACAACGCUCAAGGGCAACCUGUUAGGACAGUCUAUAAGCUUCCUGAAGCUUCCUCGCCAUGGCCUCCGGCCUCUCGUCUCUCUACCUGACGCCCGCCUCCCAGGCCUCUCUCUCUCCCGCGGUUUUGAGAUCACGUCGCCUCUUCUCAUCACCACCAUUGCCGAAAGCGGCUGCCCUUGUUCCUGCCGGGUUAUCGAUAGGAAUCUCUGUCCCAUAUUCUCGGAGGCAAUGCUCCCCCAGAAUCUUGGAACUCCCCUCGGCGCCGUCCGCCGCCAGGAGGAGGGUGGUGGUCGCCUCGGCGGCAGCAGAUGCUGGCGAUCGCGAAUUCGAGGUUGAGCUCCUCAAAGGGGUGCCUAAACGUCCGGAAGGGUUCUUCGAUCGAUAUCCGGCGCUCGUUACUGGCGGAUUUUUCUUCAUGUGGUACUUUCUGAAUGUCAUAUUCAAUAUAUUGAACAAAAAGGUGUACAAUUACUUUCCAUAUCCAUAUUUUGUUUCUCUGAUACAUCUUCUGGUUGGAGUUGUUUACUGCUUUGCUUGUUGGAGUGUUGGCUUACCAAAACGGGCUCCAAUCAAUAAGGAACUUUUGAAGCUUCUCACGCCAGUUGCUUUCUGCCAUGCACUGGGCCAUGUAAUGACCAACGUCUCAUUUGCAACAGUUGCCGUUUCUUUUACUCACACAAUUAAAGCACUUGAACCCUUCUUCAAUGCUGCUGCUUCACAGUUUGUCUUGGGUCACCGGAUUCCAUUUCCUCUUUGGUUAUCCUUGGCCCCCGUUGUCAUUGGUGUGUCAAUGGCCUCUCUGACAGAACUUUCCUUUAACUGGACCGGUUUUGUCAGUGCAAUGAUAUCUAACAUUGCUUUUACAUACAGAAGCAUCUACUCCAAGAAAGCCAUGACUGGAAUGGAUAGCACCAACGUGUAUGCUUACAUUUCAAUAAUCUCCCUCUUGUUUUGCCUACCGCCUGCCAUAUUUAUUGAGGGUCCCAAGUUGAUGCAACAUGGUUUUGCUGAUGCUAUUGCAAAAGUCGGACUGUUUAAGUUCCUUUCUGACCUCUUUUGGAUUGGAAUGUUCUAUCAUCUUUACAACCAGCUAGCAACAAACACUUUGGAAAGAGUUGCUCCUCUUACCCAUGCUGUGGGAAAUGUUCUGAAGCGAGUCUUCGUGAUCGGCUUUUCGAUAGUUGUGUUUGGUAAUAAGAUCUCGACCCAGACCGGCAUUGGUACAACCAUCGCCAUAGUUGGCGUUGCCAUCUAUUCACUGAUAAAGGCAAAUAUGGAAGAACAGAAACGGAAGGCCACUGCUGCUUCAUCAUAAUCGAUGUCAGCAGCUUCCCAUUUUCAUUGUCUAUCAACAGGUCGGCAUCACCGUUGAUUCCUUAAUAAUAUUUCUAGUUGGUUAUCCUAGUUAACUCAAUGCAGAAGGCUGCCGCUGCCACUACCACUGCUGCUACAAACAGUUCGGUUGGGAUUGAGGGGCUUUAUGUGGUCUUUAAAUGUUAUGGUCUCUACUGCAAUUAGCAACAUUUUUGGUAUAAACAAGUGUGAUUUGUUGUACAUUUGCGAUCUACGCAGAGAUCUCAUAUUUUUUGGA